CAAUGAUGUAGAACUCCGCAGUGUCUGUCCGCUUCUGAAACAUCCAGCUCGGAUUAUCUUGAAGCAAGCGGAAGGCAAAUAGUGCAAGACAUCAUUAAUAACUGCGAAAGGCCUCGAGCUCGCACAACGUUCAGUCGUUGGAAUCCGAACCCAGAAAAAGACAGGCCACCCAGCAACACCCCCCUCCCCUGCUCGAGCAGAGCCCCUCCUCGGUCUCGAGUUUCAGCUGCACUCUCUUAAUCUUAACACCCCCUCCCUCCCUCUCCGGUCUGGUCCAGAGUGCCAGGCCCCCUGGCUGUCCUCAACGGUAUCCGGCCACCCCCAGUCGAGGCCCCUUCCGAGGGAGGUCUACACCCAAGCAUGUCCAUCUCUGUCCCACCACCCAUCUCACCAAGCGCACCGGGCUCCACUUCGGCACCCAUCACCACCACCACCGCCGCCGCCGAAUUCACGCCGAUUGCCACGACGAGCGCCUCCCUGGCCAUCGACCCCGAGUUCACUCACAAGUUCUGCUCGGCUUGUCGCAAGAAUGUCGAGAUCGCCAACUUCUCAACCAAUCGCAAGAUCUGUAACCGGCACUCGUCCCAGCCGAUCGGAGCCGCCUCGGUCGCCUCGCCCGAAUCGGCACUCUACCAGAUGAGGGCGAUGAAGUUCUGUCAGGGCGUCCCCCACAGAACCGAGCAGAAGAAGGUCUUGGACAUCUACGUCGACUACGACGCCCUCCUCGAUUGGUUGGAUCAACGCAAAGAUAUCGACCCUAGAGUCGACCGCGUCAGAAGGAUCCCAAAGGAGAAUGAUGACGAGCUGAUCAAUGAUCCUAACGGCCAGAUCACCUUGGCUAGGAGACAUGCUACUCGCGAAGCUCGUCGUGUUCGUGAUUUCAUCUUCAUUGGCACUGGCCUAUUAUUCAUACAUAAAACCGUGGCCGUUGGGCAGAAGUUACAAUGGACCUGUCAAUCCAGAUGCUCUCAAUCGGAUCGUCUGAAGGGUGGACGGGACGGAUCGAGGCGACACAGCGACUCGAAACGCCCGAGCACAUCCCGGACUCGAUAUCCAUGCCAAGGUACGACGACGGUCAGCCUCCUCCACCAGCAACCCGGCCAACGUCGACUCUUACAUCUCGUCAUCAAACACGGCUAUGUACAUGGUCCACACGAUGACCGCAAUCGAGAACCGACGCUCAACGAGUUCAUGCCCGAGACCGACUUCCAGGUGAUCGAUCCUGCGCUCCGGAACUGUCCGGUCAACGAGCCUGUCAAGCCCGUCGGUUCUUCCUCCACCAAGGACGAUCGGCUACUCAAAUCUUCAUCUUCUCACGACAUCUUCGUCGAUCAUCAACUCCUCGACCAUCAGCUUCAGGAAGAUCAACACGAGGCAGUCCUCAAGGAACUUAAUCACCUGUUGGCAGAAGAUGAGAGUCGGAACAAACUCAUCAAGAAACUCAUGCUCGACCAACAGCUCCAGCUCCAGCUCCAAGCCUCUACUGAUCUCUCUCUCGACAAUCAUCACCAUCAUCAUCAUCAUCAUCAUCAUCAUCUCAUCAGUAGUAAACUCCCGAUCCUGCGGGAUUUUUUCCAUAAACGUGCGCAGUUGAUGGUCGAUUUAGAUUCAAUCAUCCAAUCGGACGCUCAUAAGACUCAUGUGGAUCAUCUGGAUCAUAACAUAGACGUUUCUAUGGUCAUGGAUUCUUAUCCUAGUCAAUAAACCUCCAUCUCCCUUGUUCCAUUUUUUUUUUUGCCUGUUUCCAUCUGGAAUCAAUAAAAGAAUCCCUUUUAACCUUUCUCUUUCUUUCGCGAUUGUCAAUGAUACUAUCUCCUCCUUUCUUUCUCUCCUCCAAAGCGAAAACUAUACUAUCAAGUAUAAUCAACUGAUUCUCCUUUUCCAUACUCACAUUUAUAUAUACAUAUAUAUAUAUAUAUAUAUAUAUAUAUAUCGAUAGACAACUUACAUCCAACAUGCAGUGAGAAGUAGAGUAGGUUUGCUUGCUUGUUUGAAGUCUGGAUUGAGACUCAAUGUGGGUAGUCAAUGAUUGUCCUUGUGUACUGAACUAUAUUAAGACUGUGGUUACACUCCUCUUUUUUCUCAGGACUGGGAAGCUGUUUCUGUUCUUGCUUCCAGAAAUAUAUACAACAUGGGUUUGAGAGAUGUUUCUGUCUGGACACUAUAAACUGAGACUGAAUUUCUUAACGGAGCCUCGUGAACUGCUUAAUUAUAUGCAUAUAUUUCUCAAGUGAAAGGCCGUAGAGUCCUUUUUGCAACAUAAGCUUACCAAGUGUCAGGACUUUCC